AUCAUUUUUGCUGCCUGGUCUUUCAUUUUCCCCUCCCUAUUUCCAUGUAGUCGCUCGACGUCCCUUCGUCUACUACAAACAACUGAAUACUAACCGCUAAUUAUGCCUCCGCUACCAGGCGAGGAGCGAGUUCUGACUCUCUUCGCCGAUAUCCAUUAUUACUUUACUGCUCCAACUCCGAAGCCCGUUCUUCAUCGCUUCGAGAAGAGCUCCUAUCUAUAUCUGUACCGCAACAACACCCAGCAGAAAACCAGGAUUGAAGUAGCGAAUAACCCUGGUACCCCCGAUCAGGAUGCAUUUAAUGGAGCUCUCGAUAAUUCCCAUAUACAACACUCCACCUCGUUUCCAUCUCGAUGUACAAUAACCGUGGAUGGACAGACACAACAAGCGCAAGGAGGACUGUCCUUUCCCCCGCCUCCCAAUAGCGCCAACCCUUACGAAUGGCAAUUGCCCACGAACGAUGCGCACAAUCCUAUGCAGCGUCUCCAUACUCUAGAUAUCUAUUUCUGGAGUGCAGGCGACGCCGACCAAUUCCUAGACUCUGUUGAAAACUACUUGUCGCGCGCCCAGGUAGAAACCGACCGGCAUCCUUAUCCACCAGGCUCUUCCGAAGGCAACGCCACAAGUACAGUCGUCCAGCAAUUAGAGAAUGUGGCCAUCACGGACCCGGCUUAUCAGAAUGGACAAACCCGGAAUUCCCAAUCAGAAGCGGCGGUCGUGAGCCCUGCGCUCGUUGAUAUCCCUCCACCACCUCCCAUGGGCAAUCCAGCCGCGUCACCCCAACACACAUCCUCAAUCAGCCCUCCUGCUGAGCAAAAGAGAGACUCCGCGCAGCUUGCCCCUCUACCCUAUAACCCGGCCGCCCCCGCAGCGCCAGAACCGAUCAAGCAUCGCCAGAAAACACCUCCUCCUCCCGAUGCCGCAGACGGAACCGGUCUCGCCGCCGCCAUAGCAGCGGACAACGGCGUGUCCUAUACUAACCCUGGCCAGACCCUCGGAGGAGGCUACCCCGCUACUACUGCUGCUGGCAUACCCCCCCCUCCGCAGCCACAACUUGCGCAAGUCCCGACAACCCCAUACUCCGUUCCCGGAUCCUACGCCUCUCCACCCCCAAGCGCAGGGCUUCCCCGCACAGGCUCCUUCCCACCGCAACCGCCUAUCCAAAGUCCGCCUAUACAAACACCACCUAUCCAAAGCCCACCAGCUACAACCCCCUCAUAUCCACCAACUCACCUCCAAGGAGGCACCCAGCAACAGAUCCCAAUCACCCAACCCGUCCAGCCCGUUCACACCUACGCUGCCCAGCCUCAACAAGUCCAUCAAAUCCAAAAUCAGCAACAACCCCCAAGCUUCUACGGCAGUCAAGUCCCGGCAGUAGGUGGCUACUCAAACUACACCUACGACCAGACGCCCAACCCUCAACAUCAGCAUCAGCAUCACCACCAACACCACCACUCUCAGCAUCAUCUCCACCAGCCAUCCUCCUCCGAAUACAGCAUCCACGGGCAAAUGUACCGGCCCACGGAGGCAGAAGCAGGCUCACACCUUCAGGAGCACGCGAAGCUAGCAGUGCAGCAGCCUCCGCAGCGAUCACGGAAACUAGAGGACUCGGCAUCGAAAGUUGAGGGCAGCGUAAAUCGGUUUUUGAAGAAGUUGGAAAAGAGGCUUUGAUUUGUUCCGUCUUCAACGGCUUGGUUUGUUUUGUUCAGUUGGUAAUGUGUCAAGUUGUUUGUGUGGAGAGGUUAUACCCAUUCGUGUAAAUAGGCAGGUAGGCAUCAGAGAUUUCGAUGGGUAAGGAAGGCAUUUUGUUGAGACCCGUUUCCUUAGGAUUUUCGGCAAUAUGAUACAGUGUAUGCCUCAAUGUAAACGUUUGUUUUGAUUCCCAGGUGACAAAAUUAUUGCCUUGAGCAUCGAGCUACAAGAAAGUGAGCGUCUACUUGGUACAAGGUACGCCUCUCGAACUAAGGUAGAAGCGGUACAACCGAUCAAAUAGAUAGCGCAUCUUAGUUACAUUUUCACAUAUACCGAGGUAAAUCUAUGCUAUUCCGAAGAUAAAAU